CUGCGACUGUGCACGCUUUCCUUCCACGAACUCACCUUCAUACUGUCCAUUGCUCUGGCAGGAUUCUCAUUCUGAUUCUCUUCUGCUAAAAUUUUCUCACUCAAAGGAAGCUCGAUAGCUUCUGACAUCCUCUUUCUACGAUCACCGUCUGAUCUCGAAGCCGAACCAUCUCGAAGCUCGUUCCGCUUCCAAAGUCAACAUGACCGCCGACGUUCACAGCGCGGCUUCUCGCGUCCUCUCUGCAGAGCCCACGCGUGAUCCCAGCUACAAUGAAUUCUCAUUCACAUCCUUCCUCCGCAAGAGCUUUGGCUUCGGUCUCGCCAGCGAUGUGCCCGUCUGCAAGGCCUAUGGCGAAGGCCACUGCCCACUCGGACCUGCGUGUCCGGACAGACACCCCACGCCUUCUCGAGUCACCACAUCUACAACCACCGCCUCAGGAAUGGCACCAUCCACUACACAUGGCUCGCUUGUCUGCAAACAUUUCCUCAAGGGUCUCUGUAAGAAGGGGCUGAAGUGCGAGUAUCUGCACGAAUACAACCUGCGUCGUAUGCCCGAAUGCCAAUCCUUCUCCCGGUCUGGAUACUGUCCCAACGGCGAUGACUGUCUCUACCAACACGUUCGCGAAGAGGCCCGCUUACCACCGUGUGAGCAUUAUGAUCGGGGCUUCUGCGAAUUGGGCCCCCUCUGCGCCAAGCGACACGUCCGCCGGAAGCUCUGCUUGUUCUACCUCGCCGGCUUCUGCCCCGAAGGCAAAGGGUGCGCGAAUGCGCACCCUCGAUGGACGGAGAAUCUCCCACGGCCGACUAUGCGGACGGAGAAGACUGAGGAAGAACUGGAGCACGAGCGUGCUCUUAUCCGUGAAGAGCAGGAGAGGGAGAAGGAGCGCGAGCGUGAGUGGCGGAGUGAACGCGGUCGGGGUGGUGGUUUCAUGCGAGGUCGUUAUCGCGGCCGAGGAAGGGGUUAGGUUGCCUACCAAUAGCGCCACAUUUCUGCAGUCAUUGCAUUUUCACGGCGGGGGUGUUUUGGGAGCUUUUUUUUUUCUUCUGGAUUUACUAGCGGUCAUUCAGGACCGUUGUCGAGAUACCCUUUCAAUAUUCAUAUAGCGGGAUGAAAUACAUAACCAUGAUGGUCGAGAAAAUAGCUUUAUAAACAGAGACCUUAUGGGCCCCGCCAACGGCGGGUUUUCCGCAGAGUCUUGGUCUCUGAAUGGUGGUUACAGGAGAUCUGCGGGCAUUCAGAUUAGGGUCUCAUUAACCAGCCACGAAAGCCAGUCGACGGGUCCCUGCAUACUUGGCCGUUUCUGGCCGCAUUGCACGACCUUGAUGCGAUUUGGUCAGCACAAAAUGUAACUAACUAAUUGACUGUAGCGCAAGAAUGUAUCCAAAG